CCUAAUGGGCAGAGUUGACAGCCGCCUCUGAUUUAUGAAGUUUCAGUUGCCUCUGCGUUUGCUGAUCCCAGCUCAGGGGGCUAGAGCAACACAAACACACUUUGCUUGAUUGACCAGGUCCCUCGGUGGCAACCUAGACGCAGCAAAUUGCUUUCAGCCUCAUUUGCGGCGUUGUGUGUGGACUCUCACCUUCCUCAUCUCUUGAAACGUUUAAUUGCCUGCAUCUUUGCACCCUCCCUCUGUUCUGCAUGAUCAUUUACAGACUGGAGAACGAGGGAAGCAGCGGAGAGGGCGAGCCACCCGCCUGAAUUAAUUCAUUGUCUCCCAGAUCACUCAGGCGUUGUACCCGUGCUCAGGUGCUGACUGCAUCUUGUGGCCACAGCCAGGACUGGAUGAGAGGGUCCCCUCCAAUUGUAAUUACCUCCCGCCGAUUAGUACCACGAUGUAUAAUAACUUGUUUAAAAAAUCCUGUGUUAAGGCUGGUAGCUCAAGAAGGAAAUGUGCCCGACCAAACUGACAAAGGCUUACAGCUGGCAAACUGCAGAGGUGAAUGACUGUGCUUCCUAACGAAGGACAUGGUUGAAAUGCCCAACAUCACGUCCUCAGAUCUCUUGCAGGCGGGCGCUGAAUCAAACGUUGAGCGAUCGCCCUGUGUGCUCGGAGCCAUUCCCAUCAUUUACUACAGCGGCUUGCUGUGCGUGGGGUUGCCAGUAAAUAUCCUGAACGUAAUUGUCCUCUCGCACCUGGCCAUCAAGACACACAAGUCCUCCUACUGCUACCUCCUCUCGCUCUCCGCCUCCGACAUCCUCACCCAGUUCUUCAUCAUCUUUGUCGGCUUCAUCCUGGAGACGGCCAUUCUCCACCGCAAGAUCCCGGCCACCAUGGUCCACACCGUCAGCGUGCUGGAGUUUGCGGCCAACCACGCCUCUAUCUGGAUUACCGUGGUGAUGACCAUCGACCGCUACUACGCCCUGUGCCACCCCCUGAGGUACCGCACGGUGUCCUACCCCGAGCGCACCCACAGAGUCAUCGCCGUGGUCUUUGUGAUGUCUCUGGUCACCGCCAUCCCAUUUUACUGGUGGUCUGAUCUCUGGCGGGCCAGUAACCCACCCACGGCCUUGGACCAAGUGCUGAUCUGGAUGCACUGUUUCAUCAUAUACUUCAUUCCGUGCACCAUAUUCCUCAUCGUCAACUCCAUGAUAGUCUUCAGGCUGAAGAAGAAGGAGGCAGUGGCCAAUCGCUCGGGCAAGACCACCGCCAUCUUGCUGACGGUGACGACCGUCUUCGCCAUCCUCUGGGCGCCAAGGACGGUGGUCAUUAUUUAUCACCUCUACGUCGCCUCGGUGAACAACAGCUGGAAGGUCCACCUCAUGCUCGAUCUGGCCAACAUGUUGGCCAUGUUGAGCACCGCCAUCAACUUCUUCCUCUACUGCUUCGUCAGCAAGCAGUUUCGGUCAACGGUCAAAGAGGUCCUCCUGUCCUUCUGCAAACACUAAAGGGGCUUUGCAGCUCCAGGCUGCGGGCAAUGUUAGUGAACCCACCCACCAUGGCUUUAUAGGCAACGCAAUCACACCCCAGAUUAUAAUCGAUCCCCAGAACAGUCUGUAAACUGGAAGUGGGGAAUGAUCCAUCAUAUGUAGGGAGGAACUGCAGAUGCUGCUUUAAACCGAAGAUGGACACCACAGGCUGGAGUAUCUCAGCUGUUCAGGCAGCAUAAGGUCACAAGGAAAAGGAGUAGAAUUAGGCUAUUCGGCCCAUCAAGUCUAUUCCACCAUUCAAUCUUGGCUGAUCUAUCUCUCCCUCCUAACCCCAUUCUCCUGCCUUCUCCCCAUAACCUCUGACACCCGUACUAAUCAAGAAUAUAUCUAUCUCUGCCUUAGAAAUAUCCGCCGACUUGGCCUCCACAACCUUCUGUGGCAAAGAACUCCACAGAUUCGCCACCCUCUAACUAAAGACAUUUCUCCUCAUCUCCUUCCUAAUUCUGAGGCCAUGACCUCCAGUCCUAGACUCUCCCACUAGUGGAAACAUCCUCUCCACAUCCACUCUAUCCAAGCAUCUCUGGAGAAAAGGAAUGGGUGACGUUUCGGGUCGAGACCCUUCUUCAGCCUGAGAGUCGGGGGCGAGGGAAACGAGGUGGUCCUUGGGAGAAAUGAAUGGAAGAUAUGCAAAAAAGCAACAAUGAUCAAGGAAAUGUGGAGCCCACAAUGGGCCAUUGUUGGCUGUGGGUUCAGUGAUAACAGGUUAUACAGACAGAGGAUGACAGUGAAACUAGUACGAUGACUAGGGUGGG